GCGCUCAGCCCUUUCAGAAGUUGUCUGCUAGUUCAGAUCCAAGGUGUGACGAGCCAUGGCGACCACGAUCCUGCAGCCUCCCGUGCAGCUGAUGGUGCUCUGCCGCUGGUACCUGUACGCCAUCCACGGCUACUUCUGCAAGGUCGUGUUCACGGCGGCGUGGGAGUUCGCCGUGCACUCCGAGUGGAAGUUCCCGGGCUUGACGAGCGUGUGGACGCUCUUCAUCUACGGCACGUGCAUCCUGGCGAUGGAGCGCAUGUACCUGUACCUGCGCGGGCACUGCCACGUGUUGGUGCGCUGCCUCAUCUACACGCUGUGGACGUACAUGUGGGAGCUGAGCACGGGGCUGCUGCUGCGCCAGUUCCACGCCUGCCCCUGGGACUACUCCGCCUUCCGCUACAACUUCCUGGGCCUGAUCACGGCCGAGUACGCGCUGCCGUGCUUCUGCGCCUCCUUCGUCGUGGAGCGCCUGCUCAUCCGCAAAACGCUGCGCCUGCGCUUCCAUCAGGGCACCGACGACGGCUUCGGGCGGAGCUACAUCAGCACCUUGAUGUCCAGCAAUAACAGCUUCCUCAAAUGGGAGUGAAAACUCCUGCAGGGGGCGGGGACUACCUGGUGACAUCGACGCAAACCCCGCCCCCCUCACUUUUACUGCAUGAAGUGAAUUAUAUUUAUAUAGCGCAUUUCUCUAGUGACUCAAAGCACUUUUACAUAGUGAAACAAGGAAAACAUGAACCCUCUUCAUCGUCAUCAUGACCUCUGACCCCUCACGGGAUUACUCUUCCAAUCUGCAAACAUGACUUGAAGAAAAGGGACAAAACAAUCUUCCAUGCACAUAUUUACUUUUUUUUUUAGUCACCUCAAAGCCUGAAAGUGUUCUGUGUGUGUCCAAAAUAAACUUUACAAAAACAUUCUGCAAAAUAUGCAAAGACAAAAAAAUUAAAAAUUACAAACCCCAAAAGCAGUGAAGUUGUCACGUUGUGUAAAUGGUAAAUAAAAAGAGAAUACAACAAAUCCUUUUCAACUUAUAUUCAAUUGAAUAGACUGCAAAGACAAGAUAUUUCAUGUUCACACUGACAAACUUCCUUUAGUUUUGGCAAAUAAUCCUUAACUUAGAACGUUUCUGGGUGUUGUUGAUAAAUGGCUUUGGCUUU